AUCGCAUUACCAAACCAAAUAGCCAUUGGUCUUUGGACCGUGCACCCAACGCAAGGAACUGAAUCCCUUCCGUCUCCCACACAGAGAGAGAGAGGCAUCCCACCCAUGGCGGCUUCGAAGCUCCAAGCUUUCUGGAACCACCCGGCCGGACCUAAAACCAUUCACUUCUGGGCACCAACUUUCAAAUGGGGCAUCAGCAUAGCCAACGUUGCCGACUUCUCCAAACCACCAGAAAAGCUUUCGUAUCCUCAGCAAAUAGCGGUUGCAUGCACUGGAAUUGUCUGGUCACGUUAUAGCACCGUAAUCAUUCCGAAGAAUUGGAACCUUUUUAGUGUAAAUAUUGCAAUGGCAGGGACGGGACUCUACCAACUUUCACGCAAAAUAAGGCACGAUUAUUUCUCCGAUGAAGAAGUAGCUGUUGCACAAGAAUGAUGACGAAAAGUUAUAAACUUCCUUUUGCCUCCUUUCCUUGCAUAUUAUUCAAUAACCUAUACUAUCAUGCUUCUAUCCUUGUGUACUUGUAACUUUGUUGAUUGUCACUCUACUGGUAAACAAGCUAUAAAUAAUUGAGCCCUUGAGCAUUCCAAGUUCCCAAA